ACUCUUCUUUUCUUCUUUCUAUCUUUUUCUUCUUCUUCUUCCUAUUUUGCUUCUUCAAUCAUCGUUAUUUUUAUUGCUUUCAGUCGUUGCUUAAUGCUAUAGAUACAUAACACAUCCAUUCUUAUUUAUGGCUUCCCUCUUCAACCAACCAGGAGCUCAACCUCAAAGGGACAUCGAAAAGGGACCCAUGACCCCAACUCAGAACCCACUUUCUGAGAUAUCGCCGUCGCCGUCUCCGUCGUCUGCGACGGCGCCGGCUCUGGUGCUGUCGAACUCCGGGAAGCGAAUAGAUCAGGCGGGGAAGAAGAAGUACGUGAAGCAGGUUACGGGAAGGCACAACGACACUGAGCUACACCUUGCAGCUCAAAGGGGUGAUGUUGGUGCUGUGAAGCAGAUCCUUGUUGACAUCGAUUCUCAGAUUAUGGGAACACUGAGUGGUGAUGAUGUUGAUCUGAACGCUGAGAUUGCUGAAGUGCGUGCUUGUGUUGUGAAUGAAGAGAAUGAGCUUGGAGAAACUGCUUUGUUCACUGCUGCUGAAAAGGGUCACCUUGAUGUUGUCAAGGAAUUAUUGAAACAUUCAACCAUAGACACGGUUUCCAAGAAGAACCGAUCUGGCUUUGAUCCCUUGCAUAUCGCUGCUACUCAAGGCCAACAUGCCAUUGUUCAGGUUUUACUAGAUUAUGACCCAGGAUUAAGCAAAACAAUUGGUCCAUCCAAUGCCACUCCACUUAUAUCUGCUGCGACAAGGGGGCACACAGAAGUGGUGAAUGAACUGCUGUCAAAGGAUUGUAGCUUAUUGGAAAUCGCUAAAUCCAAUGGCAAAAAUGCAUUGCAUUUAGCUGCUCGUCAGGGUCAUGUAGAGAUUGUAAAAGCCUUGCUCAAUAAAGAUCCACAAUUGGCUCGGAGGACUGACAAGAAAGGACAAACUGCUUUGCAUAUGGCUGUAAAAGGGCAGAGUUGUGAUGUUGUGAAAUUGCUUCUUGAGGCAGAUGCUGCUAUUGUUAUGCUUCCUGACAAAUUUGGUAACACCGCAUUACAUGUGGCAACCAGGAAAAAGCGAGUAGAGAUAGUAAAUGAAUUAUUACUCCUGCCAGACACCAACGUUAAUGCAUUAACCAGAGACCACAAAACAGCUCUUGACAUUGCUGAAGAUCUUCCCCUCUCUGAAGAGUCGUCAGAUAUAAAAGAAUGCCUUUCUCGAUACGGGGCACUUAGAGCUAACGAGCUCAACCAACCGAGGGAUGAACUGAGGAAAACUGUUACUCAAAUAAAGAAAGAUGUUCACACCCAGCUUGAACAAACCAAGAGAACCAACAAGAAUGUUCAUAAUAUUUCCAAAGAGCUAAGGAAACUCCACAGGGAAGGAAUUAACAAUGCCACAAACUCAGUGACAGUUGUGGCUGUGUUGUUUGCCACAGUUGCUUUUGCUGCUAUAUUCACCGUGCCUGGUGGAGAUAAUGAUAAUGGCUCAGGAGUGGUGGCUGCUUAUGCUGCUUUUAAAAUCUUCUUCAUCUUUAAUGCUAUUGCUCUUUUUACAUCUUUGGCUGUUGUGGUUGUUCAAAUUACCUUGGUGAGAGGUGAAACUAAAGCAGAGAAAAGGGUGGUAGAGGUGAUCAACAAGCUGAUGUGGUUGGCCUCUGUAUGUACUUCAGUGGCAUUUAUUGCCUCAUCUUAUAUAGUGGUGGGUCGGAAGAAUGAGUGGGCUGCAAUUCUGGUUACAGUAGUUGGAGGAGUGAUAAUAUCUGGGGUUAUUGGCACUAUGACUUACUAUGUAGUGAGGUCUAAGAGAAGCAGGUCACUGAGGAAGAAGGACAAGCAGACCAGGAGGAGUGGAUCCAACUCAUGGCAUCAUUCUGAAUUCUCCAAUUCCGAGGUUGAUCGAAUUUAUGCGCUUUGAUUUUGAACUUAUAACCUUUGGGGAAUCAUGGAAGACCAAAUUAUAUGGUGAAAAAGAUUACAGGUGUUUAGAGUUGCUCUUCACAUUAAUACCUUAAAAGAGUUCACUAAGAAACUCUGUGUACACUGUACAGUUCUGUUUAUUCUCUUAGCUGCUGCAGAUGCUGUAGGAUCAUGACAAAUUGCAAUGAAGCCUUGGUCAUCAGUUUAUAACUGUUAAGUGGUGCACUGCAGGGCCUAAGUAAGCACCUGUAUCUUAAUCCCAGUUGUGAUUUGUCAGAAGAAUUAUUCGAACUUUGCUUUAAUUCUUCUCCAUUUAUGUACUAAUAUAUUAUAAAAGUAUGCCUU